GACGGUUUUGAAGACUAAAGAAAAUGAGUGUAUCGGCAACAGAAGCUUCAGAGUACCAUUCCAAAGACUUCGACUGGGAAACACUCCGACAAGAAAUAGAAAGCGACCCUUCUCUUACCUAUCAUCUUCUCCCUUUCAUUUCCCCACAACCGCAGCAACAAGUUUCAAAAGAUCCAAUAAAAGCAUGGCAAAGCUUUCACAUUCAACACUCUUCUGGCAAAUUCUUCAAGGAGAGGAGGUACUUGUUGAAAGAAUUUCCAGAGCUUGUUUCCAGUGGAGUUGGUUCUAAGGUUUUGGAGAUUGGCUGUGGAAAUGGCAGUACUGCCCUUCCUAUAUUGCGAGGCAACGACAAAAUUAUUCUAUAUGCAUGCGAUUGUAGCAACGAGACCCUACAGAGAGCUAAAGAGAUCGUAGUUGCUAGUAAUGUAGCAUCAGUUGAGCACCGUUUCCGCCCAUUCUAUUGUGAUUUUGCAACAACUGGGUUUCCAAAGUGGUUGGCUUGUGAUUAUUGCAGAGAAAAUUUUGGACAAAAGGAUCCAAGCUUCAUUUCAGAUGUCAGAGAAGAAAGAACCAUUGAAACUGAUUCACUGUCAAUGGAAGAAAGAAGUUAUUGCAUUGGUGGUGUGGACUUUAUUACUUUGAUAUUCACAUUAUCAGCAGUACCGCUCCACAUAAUGCCAACAGCCCUCAGAGAAUGCUUUUCUGUCUUAAAGCCUGGUGGCAUGCUCUUAUUUCGGGACUAUGGUCUCUAUGAUAUGACGAUGCUGAGAUUUGAACAUGACCAAAGAGUUGGGUUCAGGGAAUACAUGCGCUCGGAGGGCACCCGCUCAUAUUUUUUCUGUCUAGAUACUGUCAGAAAUCUCUUUAUUUGCGCUGGCUUCAUUGAGCUUGAGAUUGAAUAUUGUUGUGUGAAGUCAGUGAAUCGUCGAAAUGGGAAGAGCAUGAAAAGAGUAUGGGUACAUGGUAAAUUCCAGAAGCCUGCAUAAAUUUAUUGGUCAGCAGCUCUACUAGAGAUAUUGUUUGAACUUUGAGGAGAUAUUUUUCCUCUUCUGUUCUUUUGGUGAAUGACUAGAUGUGCAUAUUCGUUAUUAUCUCCAUAUAGCUUACGGUG